AUGUCUUUGCGAGCGGUUGUUGCUGCAUCUCGUCGCCUCCUGCACACCACGCCACGAACAGCCAUGGGGGUGGUUGAGGAUGCUGUGCGCGAGAAGCUCACAGCAAGGUUCAAGCCGCAGCACUUGGAAAUUAUCAAUGAGAGCUUCAAACACAACGUGCCAAAGGGCAGCGAGACCCACUUCAAGGUCAUCAUUGUCGCGCCAGAAUUCGAAGGAAUGCCUCUCAUCAAGAGGUCACGGGAAGUGUAUGCGACGCUGGACAAGGAGAUGGCCGGCCCAAUCCACGCGCUCUCCAUCACCGCACGCACGCCUGCGCAGUGGGAGAAGAACGCCAACGUCAGCCCGACUCCAAACUGCCUUGGUGGAAACAAGCUGUAG